UGGUUCAACAGAUGCAGUCAGUGUGCUCGGAGUGUUCAGGAAAAGGGGAGCAAAUUAAUCCAAAACUAAGAUGUAAGAGAUGUCUCGGAAAAAAAGUGGUGGAUGAUCACAAAAUAUUGGAGGUCCAUGUCGACAAAGGUAUGAAGGACGGGGAAAAUAUCCGAUUUACGGGAGAAGGUGACCAAGAGCCCGGAUUGGAACCAGGGGACAUAAUAAUUGUUCUUGACGAGAAGGAGCAUAAAACUUUCCGACGUAACGGUUUGGAUUUGAUUAUGGAAAUGGAAUUACAGCUUGUUGAAGCACUGUGUGGAUUUCAGAAAACUAUAGAGACACUGGACAAAAGAACAUUGGUUAUAACAAAUUUACCAGGUGAGUAAGUUGAAGAUUGUGUA